AUGAAGAGUCCAAGGCGCGAAACUCUGCACAGUAUCUAUCCUCAGACCAGCACAUUUCUGUCCAACCCACCUUCACAUGAGGCUCAUAAUGAUCAAAGUCACCACGGACAAAGCUCCGAAGAGAACAUCAACCUCAAGCAUAUGGAACUGCUCAUUCACUUGACCACAAACAAAGAUACCUUCAGUCUUGGCCUAACCGCCAACGAUGAUUCCACAGGUUCCGAGCUGGCUUUCGCAUUGAAGACAAGUCUAGAGUCGCCAUAUCUUUUGCAUCAACUGCUUGCAUUCUCCGCCCGUCAUUUGGCAUAUCUUCACCCUGAUCGCCCAGAUAGUUAUCUCCAUCAAGCUGUCACCCUUCAAACUAGUGCUGCAUCACUUUUCACUGCCGUUGGCACGGAAGUCAAUCAAUCAAAUUGUGUCGCUGUUCUUCUUUUCUCAUCUAUCCUUGGACAUCAGCUUCUUGCAGACACACUCGCGAAAAGACCUCCGGAAGGCUUGGAUGAAUUCAUGACAAGCUAUGUACAGUUUGUCGAGAUGCAUAGAGGUAUCCACACAAUUGCCAUGACUGCUUGGCCGCAAUUAAUGAAGACCGAGCUUGAGCCUAUUCUAUCGUGGAGCUCUCAGUUUACUGCACGGGAGCCAAGGGGUCACGAUUGCCAACAAGUCAGGGAACUGAUAGUCGGCUCGAAGUCGCUGCUAGAAGAUGAAAAGAAGACAUGUUUGCCUGUUAUCGAUUACCUGCAGGUCGGAUUUGAUGCAGUGUCAGCGGACGAGGAACAGGGGAAUCGACAUCAUAUGCUUUGCACAUGGCCUAUGUUGGGGUCAUCAGAGUUCACAGCACUGCUGGCUGCAAAACAGCACGAGGCUUUGGUCAUACUAGCAUAUUAUGCGCUGUUGCUUCAUCAUGGGAGGCAUCUAUGGCAAGUUCAGGACGCUGGGGUCUAUAUGUUGCAGAUCAUCACUGUCUAUCUUGGAACAGGAUGGGAUUAUUGGCUUGAAUACCCAAGAAGAGGGAUAUUUGCUACCAAAUAA